AUGAUGACGAAGUGCCGUCUGCUGUGCGUCCUGUUGUUGCUCGCCUUGUGCUGCUGCCUGUCCAUAUGCGCGGCAGAGAAUCCUGGUGGAGUCCAACCCACCGGCGUGGGUUCGUCACCUUCAGAGACACAAGGGAAUGAGAAGCCCGGUGAAAUAAAUGGUUCAGUUACGGGCGCUGGUGCGCAAGCGGAGGGGCAGGGGAGCGGUGAGGCGGAGCCAGAAAGUGGGGAAUCUACCCCGCCAACGGCAGAAGAGGAGUCUGUUAAGGCAACAACUACAACUACGACUACAACAACCACGACGACAACCACUACUACGGAGGCGCCAACUACAAAGACUACGACCACUACAACAGAGGCACCAACAACGACGACCACCCGCGCACCGUCACGACUCCGCAGAAUCGACGGCAGCCUCAGCAGCUCUGCGUGGGUUUGUGCCUCGCUGGUGCUUUCCGUAUUCGCGCUGGCGUACACCGCUGUGGGCUAA